UGGAUUCGUUCAGUCCGCUCCCAGAAGGAAGUCCUGUUCCUGCACAUAAAUGAUGGGUCAUCUUUGGAAAGCCUUCAGGUUGUAGCAGAUUCAAGCUUUGACAGUAGAGAACUGGCUUUUGGGAGUUCUGUGGAAGUUCAAGGGCAACUGGUAAAAAGUCCAUCCAAAAAGCAAAAUGUGGAACUGAAGGCAGAAAAAAUUGAAGUUGUUGGCAAUUGUGAUGCCAAGGCUUUCCCUUUUAAAUAUAAAGAGAGGCACCCUCUGGAGUAUCUGAGACAAUAUCCUCACCUCAGGUGUAGGACCAAUGUUCUGGGUUCCAUACUGAGGGUUCGCAGUGAAGCCACAGCAGCUAUCCAUUCUUUCUUUAAGGACAGUGGCUUUGUGCAUAUUCAUACUCCAGUAAUCACAUCCAAUGACUGUGAGGGAGCUGGAGAACUUUUUCAAGUUGAACCUUCAAGCAAAAUAAAGGUGCCUGAGGAGAAUUUCUUCAAUAUUCCUGUUUUCUUAACUGUCUCAGGACAGCUUCAUCUAAAAGUGAUGUCAGGAGCUUUUACUCAAGUGUUUACCUUUGGCCCAACAUUCCGAGCAGAGAAUUCUCAGAGCCGGAGGCACCUGGCAGAGUUCUAUAUGGUAGAAGCAGAGAUUUCUUUUCUGGAGAGGCUUCAAGAUCUCAUGCAGGUUAUGGAGAGCCUCUUCAAGACUACAGCAAUGACAGUUCUCUCAAAUUGUCCUAAAGAUGUUGAACUCUGUCACAAAUUCAUAGCUCCUGGACAAAAGGACAGAUUAGAACAUAUGCUAAAAAACAACUUUCUAAUCAUUUCUUAUACUGAGGCAGUGGAGAUCUUAAAGCAGGCAUCCCAGAACUUCACCUUCACUCCAGAGUGGGGUGCUGAUCUACACACUGAGCAUGAAAAAUACCUGGUGAAGCACUGUGGUGACAUACCAGUCUUUGUCAUUAAUUAUCCACUAGCACUCAAGCCGUUCUACAUGAGGGAUAAUGAAGAUGGCCCUCAGCAUACAGUUGCUGCUGUUGAUCUUCUGGUUCCCGGAGUUGGAGAACUCUUUGGAGGAAGCCUCAGAGAGGAACGGUACCAUUUCUUAGAACAGCGAUUGGCCAGAUUAGGACUGACAGAAGCCUACCAAUGGUAUCUGGACCUCCGUCUAUUUGGAACUGUGCCACAUGGAGGUUUUGGGAUGGGAUUUGAAUGCUAUCUGCAGUGCAUCUUGGGAAUUGACAAUAUCAAGGAUGUUAGCCCUUUUCCAAGAUUUACUCAUUCAUGUCUUUUGUAGCUGGAAGACUGACUAAGGAAAACCACCCUGUGCCAGAGGUAUUGCACAUGAAUAUGCAUAUAGGAGAACAAAAUUGCAAAAGUUUUCAACAUGUAAUUGUCAUGCCAGAAGAUGCUAGAAAAAUACACGUGAUCAUGAUUUUCUUAGAAAGUUGAAGGCAUUUCUUGGAAACAUGAACUCUCAAUAGGUAUUUAUAGCAAAU